CCGGUUGGGAAACAGAGGCUGUGGCAACUCUGGAAGGGAAGAGUACUGUCUCCAUAGCCUGAGGCUGUGGGCAGCUGACCAAGCUUUCUGCUAUAAAAGCAGGUGACACUUAGCUUCACGUGCCCUCUGUCAACUCAGUCUCAGGCAGGGACAUCAGGUGAGCAAAUCUUUAGCUACAAUGCCGUCUGAACUAGAGGCAGCCUUGGAAAACAUGGUUACUGUCUACCACCAGUAUUCCUUGACAAAAGGGAAUCACCAUGCCCUUUACAAGGAUGAUUUGCAGAAACUGCUCAAAAUGGAGUGUCCUCAGUACAUGAAGAAUAAGAAUGCUGAAACCGUGUUCAAAGAGUUGGACAUCAAUCAGGACAAUGCAGUUAACUUCGAGGAGUUCCUUGUGUUGAUGAUAAAGGUGGGCGUGGCAGCCCAUAAAGACAGCCACAAGGAGUGAACUUAUGCUGAGCUUCUGGCUUGGGGCUGGGCCCCUGGACAUGUCUACAGAAUAAUAAAAUUGUCAUACCUCA